AUGUUUCAAAAAUAUUUUCCAAUUUUCCUGUUCUCCCUGGCCGCGGGGGCAUCUCUCGAAGAUUGUAAAACGAUUACUCUUGGUCUUGAACCAAUUUUAAAAUCUAUCGAAGUCGGGGAUAGAUUCUUCCGGUCCCCAGAAGAAUACAAAGCAUACGCGGAUAAGUGUGAAGAGAUCAUUAAUUGCGUAACAGCUGCGGAUGCCUCAAAACUUCCAGACUUGUUGAAAAAAGUGAGCCCGUGCCUUUUCUAUACGUUCUACAACAGGGAUUUCUCCGAGUGUGCUCAUAAGCUAAUUGCCAAAAAAGAUGACAACAUUGAUUGCCUCAACACUCUGUUCAAUGACAUCCAUGAGCCUGAAGUAGACGAAUGUGAGCAAUGGGAUGGUCUACAGCCAUGUGUCAAGGAGCAAAUUGAAAAGAUUUGUGAUGCCAAGAUUCUGGAGGAAUAUGUCAAGCAGGAGAAGAAUUUGAGACCGGAAUUUUGUGAUUGA